AUGCGUGCCGUCAAAGACACCAGUCCCUGUGCUGCCGUGCGCAAAAGGCAAGACGUCAUGGAUAGAGAGGAAUAUACCAGACUCAUGCGCAUGACGAAUGCGGAGCAGUGCGAGUUGCUCCGAGAAAUCAUCCACAGGCAAACGACACUCGGAGCACUUCCGUUGCGCGUCUUCUUGACAGGACCUGCGGGAUGUGGUAAAACGUUUGUCCUAAAGCUCGUCAUGGACGUUUACAACCGCUAUAACGAUAAUGCAGGUCCAUACAAUGCAUUCGUCAUUUGCGCGAGCACGGGAAAGGCGGCCGUGGCUGUAGGCGGAACCACCGUGCACUCUGCCUUCAAGCUCACUCGCAACAAGAAGGACCUCGGAUUGGGCGACAGCGAACUGAAUACCUUUCGAGUUGCUUUCCGUUACGUCAAGUGCAUCAUCGUUGACGAGGUUAGCAUGCUGUCGUCUGAUAACCUCAAUGCCAUUGAUUGUCGCCUCAAGCAAAUCACCCAAAAGCUAGACGAACCCUUCGGAGGCCUCGACGUCAUCAUGUGCGGUGAUUUGCGCCAGUUACCACCCGUCCGCGCAAACGAGGUGUACAAGAGGUGCAGAGAAGCGGUUGGGCUCUUCGGGGCCACAAUCAAAUGGCACUACCUCGAUUACUUUCCGCUCGUCCAAGUCGUCAGACAAUCUGAUGCCUCCUUCUCGGCUCUGCUCACAAAGAUUGGAGACGGAAGAGCACUUCAGGACGAUGAGGUCUGA